UUAGUCAUCUAAAUUGACAGAAAACAAACGUCAAAAUUUAUAGGUUAUGUACCCAAUCAAAUUAGUUUUCAAAUUAUUCUCCCAAUAAAUACGAAAACAUUAAUAUUAACGUAUUUAGAAGAUGAAUACCAACUCCUUCGUAGGCGAUUGGGAGGUGGUUACAUACGGACAUAUUAACGCCCCUGAAAUACAAUCGGGACUCGAAGGUGUUCGAUUUAGGUUAGAUCGUACCGGUGAUGUUAUUUGGACCGUUUCCGAUGAAUUAAAAAGCAUCCCGCUGUUUUGGUGUGAUACUUAUGAAGUAGAUUACAGCAUAUUAAGAUUUGGAGCCUAUGCGGGUCAUGUUAUUGAAUUUAAUGUGGAACCGUGUAUUCCAAUAGAUAUGAUGAUAUUACGAUGCGAAGGUUGGUGCAUCAUGCAAUGUAACAGAAUUGAAAAUGAGCCCCCUGAGAAGUAUAUGAUGUUACCCUUUGUACUAAUGAAAGCUUUAGAUGAAGGAUACUUCUCCGAUUUAACAAUCACUGCUUCUAAUAAUAAGAAGUUUGAGGUUCAUUCGUGCAUUUUACAACUUCUCGCUCCUGAUAUAUUAUGGGAAAGUGAUCCUUCUCCAUUUACUGGGAUUGAAGAGCCAGUUAUUAACACAAUUUUGCAUUAUUUGUAUAUGGAAUGUUUACCAAGUGAUGAAGAUAAACGUACGAUUGAAGCUGUUCGAGAUGUUUCAAAAAAUUAUCCUUGUUUAAGUAAACUUGUUGAUAUGUGCGAAAUGUAUAUUACAAAUAUGGCUUUAAAACAACAAAUUAACGAAUUAAUGAACGAUCUUCAUAAUAGUAUGGAUCAAAUUAUUGAUUAUUUUACAGCAAAAAAUCCAAAUACAUCCCCCGAUUUAGUAACAAAUCCUGCAGAAUUAUGUUUCGUCAUAAAACAAUCUAUAAGAGAUAUCGCUGUUAUUGCGGCUAAACUUCUUGUCCUCUGUGAUACAUUUGCAAAGAGAAAAUCAGUUUUAACAACAGAUGAAAGUAACAACAUCAUCAGUUAUGCCAAAUCAAGAUUACCAAUAUUUUUAUUACAACUUGAAAGGUUAUUGCAAGCUUUGAAAGUUACUUUCAACAAAAUGACUGUUGCACAAAAAAGAGAAUUAGCUGUUUAUUUAGUUCCGGAGGUAGCAUCUUCAUUAAAUUUAUUGGUUGUGAUAACUGUGGAUGUUGAAUCGAAAUUAUCUGAAAUUGUUAAUUGUUUAUUUACGGAAGUUAAAACGAAUGAAAAGAAACUUUCUGCAGCUGAUGUUAUAGGGAGAUCUUUAAAAAACGUUUUACAUCGAAGAGAAAUGGUGAAAUUAACCGACAUUCAUUAUCAAAUUAAAAAAAAUAUUCAGAUGUUUAUGAAUUUAAAGAGUGGUUUUAAUUCGUAUACAACAAAUCAAAAAAUAACUGCUAUAUCUCGAAAUUUGGAUUAUCUAAUAACCGAGUUGAGGUUUUUUUUGAUACGUUUGGACGAGUUUAAAAUUGCAUUUGAAGAAAAAUUUCAUUGGGGUGAAUUUAAAUAUUCAUUUAAAUUGCUUACUAGUGAAGUUUCUGGUGUUCUUCAACAAUUAGUCGCCCAUAAAUCAAUCGUGUUAAAUUUCAUCCAAGAUUUAUGCAACAAAGUACAACGUGAGGCAUUUACUCAAUGUUUUCGAACUUUAGGACUUUUAGAUCAAGAAGAAACUUCGUCAAGCGAUUUAAAUUCAAGUUUAAAUUUGGGAUUAAAUUUACUUGAAUCGUUUUGUUUACCGCCACCACCAACAAAAAGCAAUUUGGGUAAAAUGGCUAUGCAACUAUUUUUAAAUGGCACAAAAACUGAUAUGGAAUUUGAAGUAAUUUGUUCCCCCGUUUCCGAAUUAGACGAUUUAGAAGCGAAUCAAGAAGAAAAAGUAAUUAUUCCAGCUCACAGAGCAAUUGUCGCCUCUAGAUGUGAAUGGUUCAAAAAGGCUUUAACAUCGGGAAUGAGGGAAACAAUCGAAAAAAAAAUUACGAUUCAUGAUACGAAUCCAAAUAUUUUUAAAAUCUUCCUCGAAUAUCUUUACAGCGGCAUUUUAAAGCCAAGCCAAUUAAAUAAUGAGCAAUUAGCUGAAUUAUUACUGCUAAGUGAUCGUUAUGAAUUGGAUUCCUUAAAAGUGGCAUGCGAAUAUGCUCUUCAAUCAAAUAUCGAUAAUGAAAAUGUUAUGUCUUUGUUGAGUAUUGCAGAUCAAUUCACAGGAAAAGUUUUAAAGAAACGUUGCUUAAGUUUUAUAUCAAGAAAUCAUCAAUCAAUUGAUCGCGAACUUUACUACGAACUACCAAACGCCCUACAAGUGGAAGUACUUCAAAUUAUCAAUUCGUCGAAACCAAGACCUGAUCAAAUGCGGGUUAGAACUGGUCUUUGCUUUUUACAGAAAGGAAUAUCAAGUUUACGUUUAAAUCAGAGUCAUUCUGAAGAAAGUUCUGAUGAGGAAGAUUUAUCUUUGGAAGGUGAAAGACUGGAUGUGUGCAUUGCGCAGUUAAGGGGUAUAAUUGGAGAUACCGCCCCCAGAGAUCGAUUGGUACAUAUUGUUUUAGCGGCUGAUUUUGAUUUGUGCAGGGCGAUUAAUUAUUUUUAUUCGCGAGAUUAUGAAGAUGAGUAACAUUGUUUUUACAAAAACUAAUUUAAAUUAUUAACAAAUCUCGUUUUACUUUAUU